ACGUUGUUGUAUCGUUGUUGAAAUCUACAAUCCAACUCGUGCAAAAGGACAUUUCCACAUUUCCUUCCGUCAGACGUUUGACAAAAAUAUUUUUAUCGUCCCAUGGAAAAUAUUGCAGUUUGUUUCGUUAUACAGUGUCUCAAUUGCGUGUAUCUCGCGGCGCAGUAAACUCGGUUUUUAGAUAACUAAAUUGCUUGCUUGUUUAUUUGUAAAGACGCAAUAACAAUGUCUGUAGAAGAGAAAUCUGGUUCCGAUGCGCGUAGUGGUAGUGCGAAUUCGUUGGUUGUACACGGGGAUGAUGAGAACGCGAAGACUUGUUGGGUGUGCUUUGCGACGGAGGCGGACGAUCGGCUGGCGGCGUGGGUGCAACCUUGCAAGUGCAAAGGAACUACGAAAUGGGUCCAUCAGAGCUGCCUCCAGCGGUGGGUUGACGAGAAACAGCGGGGCAACAUUACCAGAAAAGUCCUUUGUCCUCAGUGCAAAGCGGAGUACAUCGUAGUUUUCCCUUCAAUGGGGGCGUUUGUGGCACUAUUAGACGCUAUGGAGGAGAUCACACACAAGAUCUGUCCCUUCAUAGCGGGAGGAGUGUUGCUGGGAUCGAUAUAUUGGAUCGCCAUCACUUAUGGAGCCGUCACUGUUAUGCAGGUGGUCGGCCAUCGCGAGGGUCUGGAGAUGAUGGAGUCCGCCGACCCACUAGUUCUGCUGGUGCUGCUGCCGACGAUACCCGUGACGCUCAUCAGCGCCAAGAUGUACAACUGGGAGGACUCCGUCCUGUUGUUCUUGAGGAAGUACUGCGCGAAGAUACCGGCCCUGUCUUACAUACUACCGUUUGGAAACGUGGAAGGCGACCGAGGCGCCAUCGUCUCCGGGCCGUCAAAUCCCGCCAACGCAAACUCCGGCUCCCACCUCUCACCCACAAGAAUAUUCUGCUCUGCGCUGCUCCUGCCCACCAUCUCCACAAUCAUUGGCAAAAUCUUCUUCCGCUCCAUACAAAACAAUCUACACAGAACUAUACUAGGAGGCCUCACCUACAUAACUAUCAAAGGAGCGCUCAAAAUCUACCACAAACAAAUGCUAUACAUCAGGCAUUCGAGCCGGAAAAUUCUAGAUUAUACCGAAUCGAAUUUAAAGCUGUACAGAACGCUUACAGCGGCUCCUAGUGGAGACACGGUCGCCAGUUCAAGAGACGAAUCGGAGCAGGUUGUAUAAACAUUACUUUGUACGUGAUGACGUAUCUAAGGUACAAGAAUAUUGUAUCAGUUUCGAAAUCGAUACCUGUUUUAUAUGGUUUUAGAUCUCGAUACGGGUGACCGUAUUUGUAAGUGCUUAGACUAUUUUCGUAUAGCGGACGUUGUCUUAGUAUAAUCGUAAUUGAAAAGUUAUGACUAUUAACGUCCUUGUAUAAUUUAGCGUUUUAUGAGUGCUUUUCAUACUAAGCUAUUUAGACAGAGAUGGUUUUAUCCAUGAUAACUAGUAGAAGAAACUAGUAUACGCUAGAUUUCCAAUUGACAAUGCUAAGAAUAUUCAUUCUUUGUUUCUUUAACUUAAAUUUCUUGUAAUAAAUUUGAAAUGUCUUUAACUCGAAAGGUUAGCAACUUAACUAACCAAUGGACUGACUUUAAGUUUGUGACAAACUAAUGAACUCAUAAUAACUAACGUCUUUGUUAUUUAUGUUAUUAUCAUUUAGACGGCUAUGGAUUUUUAUUUUUUUCCAAAAUGGAUUUUACCUAAAAUAAUAAGAGGUUUUUGAGAAUAAUAAGUUUAGAAUGUUAGAAAAGAUAUGAUCGUAAAGGAUUAAUUUGUUGGUGCAUAUAAAUUUGAGAGUAAGUGUCUGAAUCACGUGGCAUUUUAUACAUUGUAUAGGCUAGUAUGCACAGAUUAAUGUCUGCAUAAUAAAUGGAAUGGUAGAAAAUUGCCAGUCGCUUUUAAUAUGUGGAUGUUAUUUUUGUGCCUUUUGACUCAAGUUUACGAGUAAGUCGUUAUGCCAAACUUUCAAUAGGUAUAUAUAUCAUAGUUAUCAGACUAUAUUAGACCUUAUUUCAAUGCGAUGUCUUCUAACGAACACUUAUGCGUAUAUACCUCGGUCGUAUAGUAAAAUUUUCGUGAAAAAGCUAAUGAAUUUUGAGGUGUGUGCCGGUAUUUUUAUUUGUGGCAGCACAUACGAUGUAAAAUAAUUCUUAAUGCUUUAUAAUAAAGUUCAGAUUACAGAAACAUGACCACUAAGUAUCAAACUUAAGGAAUUAAAUACAAAUAAAUUAUAUGGUCUUAAUUCCGUGUCUUACCCCCUUACUCAUAAACGCACUACAAGCCUGAAUUGGCUAAUUAGUUUGUCUUAAUCUGUCAUUUGACUAAUGUAUUCGUAAUAAAAAGAGAUAAAACAUAAAUUAAGUAAUUGACGCUUUUAACGCGUUUACGAAUAAGGUGGUAAGUAAAUAAAACAAUUUUAUUUACAAGUUUCUAGCUAGAAUUAACACAAUAAACCAAACAAUAUAGAUAUAAUUUAAAUAAAUUGAAAUAGGUUAAAUGUUCCGCUUAGAUAAAAUAGAAUGGUGAUAUAAUAAAGUCCUGGGGCCGAUUGCAGAAUA